AUGUCUUCCAAAGUUUUCCCCACAGGCUCCCGAGCCAAGGACAACCAACGUGCAAGUCAGCUGCUGUUGCAGCAGCAGCAGCAGCAGCAACAGCAUCAAGAGCAACAGUCAUUCCCAGAGGCCAACGCUGAAGCCAUCAACUUCCUCAACUCCUUCCGUGAGCCAGAUGGUGGGGUGGGCACAGGGAGAGCUGCGAGGCUGGAGAAACUGCUACUCUUCUUCCCCGAGACUCUGGCCAUCGUCUCAGACACAGGCGAGCCUCAGGGAGAGCUGACCAUCGAGGUGCAGAAAGGGAAAUACAAGGAUGAACAGGGCAUCAUGACCCACUGUCUACUGGUUCACGCCUGUAGCCGAGGCUUCAUCGAUAAAUCGCCGUGUGGAAACUCCCUCCUAGGCUACCUAACCUAUAACCUGGAGCUGAUGGAGCAGCACAGUCAAGAGUUCAUUAAGUUUCCCAUCCUCCCCAUGAAGCGGAAGAUGAGUAUCCUGAAGCAGGAUGACCAGAUGGUUGUGACCAGAAGUGUCAAGGAGGGUGAGGAAACUAAGACCGCAGUCUCCGUCUUCCCCUGUCAAUCACUUAAGGGCUUUGUCUCCAGCGCUGCCAAUCUGGUGCUUCUGAGAGUGAUGGCCUGGCAGCGGUCAGUGCCCAGCGGUGCUCGCUUCCUGGCCUUGGACACGGAGGGCAAACUAUGCUAUUGCACCUAUCAAUCCCUGGGCUUCCAGACAAUCCAACUGGGCAACCAGCAGGCUGAGAUGUUCAUCGUGGAACAAACCAUCCACUCUGAAGAGGACAUCCCCUUCUCCUGUCAAUUCUACUUGCUCUCUGAUGGGCACCUGGCUAAGAGAGUCCAGGUGGGCUCCCCAGGGUGUUGUAUCAUCACUAAGAUGCCCCUCUUGAGGGAAGAGGAUGUGAUUGAGCCUCCGCCCCAGUUUGAGAAGAAGCCCCUGGUGUGGGAGGAAGACCUGGAGUUAUACUCGAAAUUCCUGAACCGGAAGGAGCAGCUGCGCCUCAGCCACACCAGCUAUCUGCGGCAGCACCCCGAGGCCCAAGCGCUGAUCUCCGAAUUCUUGCUUUUCCUGCUGCUCCGCCGGCCGGAAGACGUGGUCACCUUUGCUGCUGAGCACUUCGGGUCCUUCGAGGUGCUGCGCCCGCCGGUCCCUGCCCUGCGUUCCUCACACCGGCCCAGCCCUUUCCGCCCACUGGAGUCCGAGGAGGAGGAGGAGGAGGAGCAGGAGGAGGAAGAGGAAGAAGAAGAGGAGGAAGAGCAAGAGGAGGAAUACGAGGAGGAAUACGAGGAGGAAUACGAGGAGGAAUACGAGGAUGGCGACUACUUUUACGCCGACGAUGAUGACUAUGACGAUGAAGACAACGACGGUGUCGACGACGACGACGACGACGACGACGACGUACAAAGCGACAAGGAUGAUGACGACGACGAAAUCGACGAGAAUGAUGACGAAAGCCAGGAUUUGGAUCUGGACAACCAGAUUUUGGAUCUGGAAAAUGACUAGAUUCCACGGCUCAGCUGGGUUAGAACUCACUGUAGCCAGCUGUGGGACUGCACACCUUUAAUCCCAGCACUCGGGGAGCUGGCUCUCUGUGCGUUGGAAGCCAG